ACACUAAAAAUAUAGAAAAUGAUUUCACCCCUUCUACAAACUGAAUGUUAGGCGUGUUCAGGGGAGUUGGGCAUGGAGAUGAAAAUGUCUGAAGAAGGAAAAGGAGCAUCCACUGCACAGAGCAUUGUCCAGAAGUCGGCAUACGCCCGGAAGAAGACGGUGGCGGAGGGCCUACUAGACGUCGGUCUGUUGGUGGCCAAUGCCUCCCAACUGAAGGCCCUCCUGGACCGGGGGGAGUCUCACAGCUACUACUACCCCCUACUGGUCCUCCUCAUCCUGUCUAUAUUAGUACAGAUCGUCAUUGGAUUUAUACUAUUGUUCCUGGGGACCACGGAGGGGAAUUUGGAAAAGGAUAAAAGAUCAAACUUGAUGAACAAUAUUGUGAUCGGACUUAUAUUUGGUACUUUGAUUCUGAAUAUAAUUAUUGGAGUGUUCGGUGUUUCUCUCUGA